GUAGCGUCAAAACAAAGCGUGGAGUGGCCGACCGCACGGAAGUGGUUUCGUUUCGGGACUUACCCACAAUACCUUACUAUAUUAGAAAUGAGAGCUGGUGCACAUUUAAAAUUUAUUCAUAUUCCUCAAAGGCUUUUGUGUUGAGAGUGUUCUGUAUUUUAGUUUCACAAUUUUCACAUCACCCGAAAAAAGCGAAAGCUACUCCUGCUAGCUUGUCAGUUAGCAUCAGCAGAGAGAAAGCAGCCAUGCCGCCCUACUCUGAACUGAGGAAAACCAACCACUUCUACUUUUUCAUCAAAUUCACCCUAAAUAUCUACUCUAUGAUCUUCUCGUUGAUGGGUCUUUGUGUGCUCUGUGUGGGAGUUUAUGCAGAAGUGGAAAGGCAGAAGAAUCGAACCCUGGAGGGUCUCUUUCUAGCUCCUGCCGUGCUGCUCAUCCUGCUGGGUCUGGUGAUGUUCACGGUGUCUGUGGUGGGAAUGGUCGGAUCCCUGAGAGACAACAAAACACUAUUGCACAUGUUCCUGUGUGUCCUGUGCGUCCUGCUGCUCCUCCAAGCAGUUGGUCUCGUCAUGGCUCUCAUCUUUGAAAAAAAGACAUCUGCUUUGUUUCAGAGGAGCUUACGAGAAGGAAUAAAACACUAUUACGAUGAUCUGGACUUCAAAAACAUUUUGGACUAUGUGCAGCAAAAGUUUUCAUGCUGUGGAGGAGAUGAGUACAAGGAUUGGGAAGUCAAUCAGUACCAUUUCUGCAAUGGUUCUGGUCCGCUGGCAUGUGGGGUUCCGUAUACCUGCUGUGUUCGAGGCAAGGUGGGAGAGGUCAUUAACACUCUUUGUGGCUACAACACUUUGAGCCAACAGCGUGAAACCCUGCAGGAGGUGAUCCACGUGCGAGGCUGCAUCCAUGCCGUCAACCUCUGGAUGAGUGACAACAUUGGAAUAACCGUUGCACUUUGCUGUGCCAUUGGGCUGCCACAGCUGCUGGGCAUCAUCUUGAGCUGCGUCUUCUGGAACCUGCUGGUGGACAUGAGCAAGUCUGCCGACAUGGUGGACUUCAAGAUAAAGAAGGCUGAGUUCAGCUACAGCGAGCUGGACCUGGCCGGUGCCGGCUGGUGCUUGUGCCUGCCAAGAGAUGGCGGCUACUUGCCCGUCCCCGCCUCCGAGCCCGAUCUUGACCCCAUUGACGUUCACCUGCAGAAGCUGAAGAAGCAGCAGCCCCGCUCUUACUCUCAGCUGCAAAAACUGCAGCAGUCCAGGUCGGCCAGCGGGCUGGACGAGGUCGACGUGGGACGCAAGCAGAAAAGGGAACACUGAGCGGUUCUUUUACACCUUGUCCCACCUUUUUAGUUUUGGCCUUUUUUUUGUCAUUGUAAUUUGUUGUGUGUCACUGCAGCGUGGUUGACCAACAUUUAUUAGAUGAAGAUGGAUUUUAUCAGACGAUUAGUUCAGAACUCCUUUGGCACUUUGAAUUUGUUUACAGCUAAACCAGAAGGAAGGCAUCACUGGCAUUUCUUCAUUGAAGAGUCAUUUUGUCCUCUUUGUGACUUAUUUAUUUUCGAAGCCUUGAUUGAGCCGUGUCUCUUGUGCUAAACCUUACCUCAGGCUGUUUUUGAAAAUGGCUCAGAAAUCAGAGAACGGUACAUUUUCUUGUAAAAAUUAAUGGUAAAGAUGUUUUUCAUUGUUUAGGAGCUAGACUUAGCCAAGUGUGUCUUGCGUGUAACAUCUGAUGAAGAUGUUUACAGUUGCUGUCAUUUUAAUUGAUUUUUAAUUUUUUUGCAAUCUCUGUACUUUGUAAGACUGAUUAUUGUGAAUAACUUGGGAUGCAUGUUUUGUACUUAUGAAGUUGUUUUAAACAAAAAAAAAUCUUACUGGCUGUCUUCCAGAAGCUUUUUCAUUUCAGUUACGUACUUUCCCUAUUGAGGAAUAACUAAAAACAAACGAAAGUGUAAUCCUGGUGAAAGACAGCUGACGGUUGACGGAUGAUUAUCUUUGCUUUAAAUUAUUCCUGGUCCCGGCUUUGUGUCAGCACAGCUGAUGUCAAUAAAUCUGAAUUUCUUUACUUCUUUUA